UUUAGUUGUGAAAGCUGCCGGCCGGAACAAAUAUCUAUAGAUACUGUGGUCAUAAGAAUAUUGUGUUCUUUGUGCGAGACUUAUAAUUUCCGAAACAAAUUAUAAAUGUGUGAUGUGAAAAUUUAACAAUACCAAAUGGGAACAUAAUUUGUUAAAUUUACUAUCACUAAAAAUAUUAAAUCAAUCUUACUAAAAACGGAUUUUGUUACCUCUGAGAAAAGUUUAGUGUUUUAAAUUAAAUUUUCCAUAAGUUGCAUACUAUUUAUUUUUGUAUUAUUUUGAAAUAAUUGCAAUAGCCAUGGGAUAAAGUUUUAAAAUAAACAAAAAAAUAUAUCCAAAGGUCUUAUCAUAGUUUAAAUAAAGUGUCGGAAAAAGAGAUAAAGUUUAUUCAAUAAUAUAUUGAGUACUUAAACAAAUAAAUUAUUAAAAAGUGAAGUGUUUUGAACAAAUAACAUUAAAAUCCAAAUAAAGGUCAAUUAUAAGAAAGCCUUACAUUGAAAUUUUAAUUAAAUAAAUAGCUACAUAUUAUCAUCAAAAAUAAACAAAUUAAUUUAAGGACAUCAUAUUAAGUCAAACUGAACACAUCAUCUUCUCCCUCAAGACUUUUCAACUAAACAAUCAAUAUGGUUGCUAUUACUGAUAAACAAAACGCUCUUGAAAAAGCAACCCCAGAAGAACAAAAGGAUAAACAGUUAUGGAGGGAUUUGGUAGCUUUUUGGAUUCUUGGAUUAUGUAACAAUUUUGGAUACGUCGUUAUGUUGAGUGCAGCUCAUGACAUUAUUGCCCGGUUUGAAGCCGAUACUGAUAUUGCUGUUGUGGAUCCCAAAGCGGAAGUGCUGGAGAGGCAGUGUAAUAUUGUUAGUACCGGAGCUAUUCUAUUGGCAGAUGUGAUACCAGGAUUUGUGGUCAAACUGCUGAUGCCAUUUUUGCCAUUCUGGAUCAACACUCGUGUUGCAACUGCAGUGGUGUUAAGUGUGGCAGGAUUUUUGUGUGUCGGCUUUGCUGAAGUCGAAAUGAUCGCCUUACUGGGAGUCGUAUGUACCUCGGCGGCUUGUGGAAUGGGCGAGUCAAGUAUUCUGGCUUACACAUCAAACUAUAACAGAAAUUCACUUUCAACUUGGUCAUCGGGUACCGGAGGAGCUGGUAUCAUUGGUGCUUUGGCUUACGCAGGUCUCUGUGCCAUCAAUGUGAGUUCCAGAAAUAUCAUGUUGAUUAUGCUGGUUGUUCCACUUCUUGAGUGCAUUGCCUUCUGGAUUAUUCUUCGUAAGCCUUCUGGCACAGUUGACAACAGUUUGCCCUCAAUUGAAUACAACUCAGAAGAUGACAAGCCCCUUCAGGGUACCAAGGACAAGUUGUUGUACAUCACUUCUUUGUUCAAAUACAUGUUGCCUCUUCUGUUUGUGUAUUUCUUCGAAUACUUUAUCAAUCAAGGACUGUUUGAAUUGGUUGACUUUGAAAACUCAUUUUUGGAUAAAGAAUCCCAAUACCGUUGGUUGUGUGUCGAUUAUCAAAUUGGAGUUUUCAUCUCUCGGUCAUCUGUCAACCUCAUUACUUUCAAACACAUCUGGAUUCUGUCGUUGUUGCAAUUCGUCAAUGUUGCAUACUUUUUGACAGAAGUCAUCUUCUUCUACACACCAUCUAUUUGGAUUGCAUUUGCUGUCGUAUUUUGGGAAGGUCUCUUAGGUGGAGGUGCCUAUGUGAAUACUUUCUAUAGAAUGUCAUCGGAAGUACCAAGAUCACGUCAAGAAUUUGCCAUUGGAGUUACAGUUCAAGCUGAUUCACUGGGAAUUAUGCUAUCAGGAUUUUUAGCAUUGCCAGUUCAUAAUGCAAUCUGUAGAUUACCAGCACAUCCUAGAAUACUAUUUUGAAUGAAAUAGUCAGAUUCUUAGGAUAACAUCAUAACUACUGUGUGUAUUAUAGGUAGAUGUAAGCAUUUUUAAGGCUUGAUUUCAAAUCAAAAGAAGAAUAAGUUUAGAAUAAGUUAAAAGUGAAUGUAAAUUAAUAUUUAAAACUAUUUAUAUUGAUGUCUGUUAUAUAGUGUUUAAGGUUAAAUAAAAUUAAAAAAAUAAAUAUUUUUGUAAAAAAUUA